AUGGUUUUCAUCGACAACGAUAUUAAAAUCAAGACGGUGAUCGUGCUGAAAAACGUCUUGCUUCCAUGGGCAAAAUAUCGCUUCCGCUUUAGACCGUUCGUGUUCCAGCAAGAUUCAGCACCGGCUCAUAGAGCGAGGCUCUCAGGAUUCAUCAACGCUCAGGAAUGCUCCUCCAAUAGCCUUGAUCUGAAUCCAAUGAAUUAUUCCGUAUGGUCGCUAUUGGAGAGCAAGGCCUGCUCUAAGCAACACCACUCAAUUGACUCAUUGAAGAGGAACCUGCUCAGAGUGUGGGAAGAAAUACCUUUGAAGUACCUCCGCGCCAAAGUGGACGCCUUCCCCGUACGUCUGAGGGCCGUGCCCGAGCAUGUGGAGGGAGUUUCGAGAUUUACAUUGAGUAUGUGUAAUGGCUCAAUAUAA